AUGGCCAGCGAUCAACCCGAAGCGGCCUUUGCGUAUCAUGAGCCUGCCAUUGCGAUAGUACUCAACUUGGCCGGUUUUCUGCUGGUCUUGAACAUCGUCAAUGUCUGUCUGGAUAAACUUCUGUACUGCGGCCUCAUCGGUCAGCUGUUUAUCGGCAUUCUCUGGGGCACCCCCGGCGCGAAAUGGCUCGAUCGGGGGAUGGAAACAGCUGUUCAGCAGCUCGGAUACCUGGGUCUGAUCAUGCUAGUAUAUGAAGGUAUGUGGUUUGCGUAUGCGACCGUGGAGGACUUCACUCACGCGUAUCUCCUUCUAGGCGGUCUCUCGACCUCAAUCAAAUCUCUGAAAGCCAAUCUCCUUCUGUCGCUUUCUGUAGCGCUCACGGGGAUUGCGGUUCCGAUGGGCUUGUCCUUCAUUCUCAUGGAACUCGUCUCCGCGACCCCUUUGCAGGCCUUUGCGGCUGGUGCGGCCCUCAGCGCGACGAGUCUCGGAACCACGUUCACCAUUUUGUCCACCACCAACUUGAUCACGACCCGUUUAGGCGUGGUGACCACCAGCGCGGCGAUGAUUGACGACGUGGUCGGUCUAAUUAUGGUUCAGAUUAUCAGUAACCUGGGUGGAUCGGAGGCCUCUUUCAGCGCGGUCACGGUCAUCCGGCCGAUCUUUGUGUCUAUCGGGUUCGCGGUUGGGCUUUUCCUGGCGUGUAGACUCUGUCUUCAGCCUGUGUUGAGGAAAUUGGUGGGCUUGAAAGAUAGAAUGCCAGAGGUAAUGAGUACCGCGCAGUUUGCCUUCGUCACUCAUACCUGUGUGCUUGUCGGUUUGGUUGCUGGCGCGACGUAUGCGGGUACUUCGAGUCUGUUUGCUGCGUAUAUUGCCGGGGUGAUUGUGUCGUGGUUUGACGGUAUUGUGGCCGACUCGAAGGAGCAAGCAGAACCACCUCAACAAAGUGUCGUGAACAAGUCUUCAAACACUCAGGAUACCUCUGAUAAUGGUAGACAACCGAAUCGAGAGCGAACCUCAUCCAGUUCUCCUGCCGAACACCCGCCGACAGCAGGGCGCGAUGAAAUUCCCACGGGUGUGGUAGUCUAUGAACGAUACUACAAGGAACCCGUGAACCGAGUAUUCAUUCCUCUUUUCUUCGCAUCCAUCGGAUUCGCCAUCCCGAUCACUGAAAUGUUCCAAGGAAGCGUCAUAUGGCGAGGCAUUGUCUAUGCCCUUCUCAUGGCCAUCGGCAAGCUCGUCACCGGAUUGUGGCUCGUUCGGGUCUCCCUAAGCCCGGUAUCCAGUCUGAUGCGCACUGCCACGAAACCCUUUUCGUAUGCGCGUCUCGUCUGCUUCAAUGCACAGAAAAAGUCCGCACCUAGGCAGAAACAACCCCCGGGGUCCGAAAUCCCGAUGAAAACCAGGACAUCCCAGCCCGAAGUGUCGGAAGAAACCAGCGACAGUGCAUUCCCGAGCACAAAUCCAACGUCACGGGCUGAUCGAUCUCCGCAACCCGAGCCAUCAGCGUCAGAUCAUCCGGCUCCUUCCGCCACCAACCGCAUCUCUUUGCCGCCUAAGCCCAAGUCCCUGUACCCGCCAUCGAUCCUUGGCCUUGCUAUGGUUGCUCGCGGAGAGAUCGGAUACCUGAUUGCCUCGUUGGCGGAAGCGCAGGGAAUAUUCUCCGAUGGAACAUCGACCGGAACGACGGAGAGUUACCUGGUCAUUGUCUGGGCUAUCACGUUGUGCACGCUUAUUGGACCGAUCUGCGUGGGGACUCUAGUGCGACGGGUGAAGACGCUGCAGCAGAACAGGGUCAACGCUGGGGGUAUGGAUCCUUUGGGUGUUUGGGGUAUCUAG